AUGUCAGCAGGUAUCCCAGUACGACUACUAAACGAAGCCCAGGGCCACAUAAUAACUAUCGAAUUAACCAAUGGCGACACCUACAGAGGCAAACUCUUGGAAAAUGAAGAUAAUAUGAACUCAUCAUUAUUUGAUGUAACAAUAACCAAUGGCAGAAAUGGAUCUUUAAAACAUAUGGAUCAAGUGUUUAUAAGAGGUAGUAUGAUUAGAUUUGUUUCUGUGCCUGAUAUUUUAAGACAUGCUCCGAUGUUUUAUAUGAAGCCUGGUGAUAAACCGAAACCGCCCAUUAGAGGACCACCAAGGAAACGGAGAAAGUAUUGA